GAAGCAAGUCGCUGUUUUAUGACAUCAUUGUCCACGGUACGAAAUGGAGAAAAAACACAUGUCAGCUUUCUCCAUGUAUCAAACGCUACCAACUCAAUUGCCAUCUUCUCCUAAGAAGCGUUCAUUACAGACGGCAUCGAAGAAAAGGAAAAGAGGGAAUGGCGUUGCAAGCAUAAAUUCUAAUAAUAUCGCAACACAAAGUAAAAAGAAGAAAAUGAAAGCCAAGAAUCAUGCAGCAGAGGUUGGAAUCCAGGAGAUGGCUGAACCGGAGUCUGUAAAGGCGGGCGAGGAGGCACUAAAUGUGUUACUAGCUGAGUUGGCACAGAUGAACAACAGCAAGGAGCGUGCAAGCACGCUUUUCCAGUGGCUGAUCAACCCUAUUCCCACCAAGGCCUUCUUCAGGGAAACAUGGGAAAAGAAACCUGUCCUCGUGCAGCGUAAAAAUCCCAACUACUACAAGGGAAUAUUCUCCACAGAAGAAUUUGAUCGCAUUCUUCGACAGGAGGAUGUUCAGUAUGGCGUGAAUCUAGAUGUCACAAGCUACACAGAUGGCAAGAGGGAAACACACAACCCCCCUGGUAGAGCACUGCCAUACACUGUUUGGGACUUCUAUGAGAAUGGCUGCUCUCUCCGUAUGCUGAAUCCUCAGGCGUUCUCCUCCACCGUGUGGAAUGUACUGUCCAUCUUGCAGGAGCAUUUUGGCAGCAUGGCAGGCGCUAAUGUCUACCUGACACCGCCCGGCACACAAGGAUUCGCCCCACAUUAUGAUGACAUUGAGGCAUUUGUGAUUCAGCUGGAGGGAAAGAAGCACUGGAGGGUCUACAACCCAAGGUCAGACGACGAAGUCUUGCCUGUGCUUUCAAGCCCAAACUUUAACCAGGCAGAGAUUGGGAAGCCCAUUUUGGAAGUCGUGCUGGAGGCAGGAGAUCUGCUCUACUUUCCCAGAGGGUUCAUCCACCAGGGCAACUGCCUCCCUGAUGUGCACUCCCUGCAUAUCACUAUCUCCUCCUACCAGAAGAACAGCUGGGGAGAUUUGCUGCUGAAGAUGGUUCCUACUGCUCUUGAAAUCGCAAUGGAGGAGGAUGUCGAAUUCCGACAAGGCUUACCUCUGGAUUACCUCUCCUACAUGGGCGUUCAAAACUCUGACAAGGAUGAUCCACGGAGGGCCAAGUUCUUCUCUAAAAUCGACAAUCUCAUGAACAAGCUGAGGAAUUUUGUUGCAGUUGACGCCGCUGUGGAUCUUAAAGCCAGAGAGUUCCUUCAUGACUGCUUGCCGCCGAAGCUCACAGCAGAGGAAGCAGCCGGCAGUGUGCACGGAGCACCUGCUCGGUGGGAGGAAGGGCGCGUAAGGAAUGCAGGCGCAUAUAUCACAAGCCAGACCCGGGUCGGACUACUCCGAGCAGGAUGUGCCCGUUUAUGCAGUGAUGGAGAUGCCGUGCAUCUUUACUACACCACCGACAACUCCAGAGUUUAUCACAAAGAGGAGCCGAAAAGCUUUGAAAUAAAACCCGAGUACACAGAUGCAGUCGAGUUUCUGAUCCACUCAUAUCCUGAAUUUGUGAGUGUGGGCAGUUUCCCGUGUGAUUCUUUACAGGAAAAGAUCUCUUUGGCCAAGCUACUUUUUAAGGAGGGGGUCAUCCGAAUGGAAUCAUUUCAGUAGUGGCUGCACAUCCUUCGGAAAACCAAAUUUGAAGAAUAAAAAAUGGGAUUAUGUAGUAGUCGAAAUACUGUACACAAUCACCAAACAGGAAUCUCCAGAUGCUUUCCAAUUAAAUGCCGAAUCACAUCGUAAGUAUGCUUGCUCUCCGAUGAAGGAGCAUUAAGGCCCAGAUGAAAAAUAAGUCAUAAUAUUGCGGUAAUCAAAUUUAAAUGUGUAGCUGCAGUUUUUCACGCUUAAGGUUUAGACCAGCAGCUGCUGUACAUCUCUAAAAACAUGACACAUAUUCAUCCAGUAUCAUCAUGAUUUUGAAUGUUUAAAAAGAUUAUGAUUCAGAAUGGUAACCCAGCAAGAGGCCACUUCAGUUUGUGUACAUUUUUCUGUGGGGUAGAUACUUUGUUACAUUAAACUGACAUUGUUUAAAAAAAAAACCAAACAAA